GCCCCCAUUCCUUGCAGCACCCCCCACACUCCUCCGGGCGUUUUUCCAGCGACAGUCAAAAGAGAAACACACACAAAAAAUAUAAAAAAUUAACGCCAGCGCUCGAAAGAAAAGUGCAGUGAAAGAAAAUCUGUGCCAGUCCAUAGUGUACGCGUAUCGUUGUUAUCCGUCGUCUGUUCGUCGUUUUGUGUUUUUAAUGUAGUUAUGUGUGCAGCAUCGGUCGCGCUGCAUCUGUGUAAUGUGUAAUCUGUAAUCUGUCCAGGAAAAACCACGGCCCACGGAUACGGAUGAGCCCAAAUUAUUUUUAUUAACGCAACGAAAUUUAUGCGCGCGCCUGCCAUUGCGACCCCCGCAAUCAGGGCUCCCUCAGCAACAGAAGCAACAGCAACAACACACACACACACACACACACACGCAGAGACACAUACGCCCAAGUCCGAGGUCAACUCCCACCCAAUCUCCGCCUGCGUGCGCCCACAAAAUCGGCCACCCCCAAUAUUGCAAAUGGCCUCCAACAACAACAACAACAUUAGCAGCAGCUUUGGCAACUCUCUGGGCGGCGGUAUAGCCGCUGUCAAUGCAGAUCUGUGGCGCGAGUGCGUCGCCUGGCUGACGCGAUGCAAAAUCAUACCGCCCGACCACAAGGCCGCUCUGCCCGACGCCGAGAUUCGUAUUCUGGCCAUGACGCUGCGGGAUGGCGUCCUCUUGUGCAAUCUGGUCAUCCAUUUGGAUCCGAGCAGCAUGGAUCCGCGCGAAUUCAAUCGCAAGCCACAAAUGGCCCAGUUUCUGUGCAGCAAGAACAUCAAGCUCUUCCUGGAUGUCUGUCACAAUAAUUUUGGUAUACGCGAUGCGGAUCUGUUUGAGCCCACCAUGCUCUACGAUCUGACCAAUUUCCAUCGGGUGCUGAUCACGCUCUCAAAGCUGUCGCAGUGUCGCAAGGUGCAGCAGCUCCAUCCGGAUCUAGUCGGCUUCAACCUUUUGCUGUCGCCCAGCGAACGCUCCCAUUCGGAUGAGGCCAUCUACAAGGAUCUACACUCCACUGAAAUGCGAAAAACCAACAGCAUUGAUGCGGCCGUUGUGCCAGCAUCCGCGUCCGGCGCCGCCGCCGCCGCCAGGGAAGGAUUCUACGAACGGUCUUUGAAGAGCGGCUCCGGGUCCGUUUCGGUGGAGGAUGAGAACAGCGAUAUAACCAUUGAGAAUGGCAUCGAGGAUAACGACAUCGAUGACAUGGACGACAUCGGCGAUGGGACCAUGGACAAUGACUCGGGCAGUGGCGGCAGUGGCAGUGGCAGCGGCAAUGGCGGUGGCAAUGGUUCCAUGAAAACCCUCUCCUUUGAUCUCUCGCUGGACGACACGGCCUCGCUGGAGGGCGUGCCGGUGGCCACAGUCGCCUCACCGCCGGAAACCCUUGCGCCCACACGCACCACCGCUGCCCUGCUGAGGGAGGCACCGAAGCCGAGCACCUCGGAGGCGGCUGCCGAGGCAUUUGCAUCGAAUGCAUCGUUCUGUGCAUCGACACUGUCGCUAUUGCAUGCCUCCAACUCGUCGCUGUUCAUCAACGAGAGCCAGUGGCUGCAGAAGGCCGCCGCCGCUGUCUACAAUUAUCGGUCAUGCCCGUCGAUUAGCUCCGAGGAGCAUGAGUACUCGUACAUCUAUAGCGAGGACGAUGAGAAGGUCUACGAGGAUCUGUGCUAUGUCACCUUCCAAACGAAGCCAAAACCAGAGGUUACCACCGACAAUAUUGCAUGCAAUGGAACCGGUUACGAUCACACCAACACAAAAGAGGAGGAGGUCUACCAAGACUUGUGCGCCCUGCACAGGACGAGUAGAAGCCAGACAGCCUCAUCGACGAGCUUCGAGCAGCGCGACUACGUGAUACGGGAGCUAAUCGACACAGAGUCCAACUAUUUGGAUGUUCUCAAUGCCCUUAAGCUGAAGUUUAUGGGUCCGCUGGAACGGCACCUCAACCAGGACGAGCUGCGGCUAAUAUUUCCACGAAUCAGGGAGCUGGCUGACAUACACACGCGCUUCCUGCGGGAACUGCGGGAAGCCCUGUCGCCCACCACCAAGCUGAGAAUGGCCCAGGUAUUCAUGGAUUUUCGUGAGCCAUUCCUCAUCUAUGGCGAGUACUGCAGCUGCCUGCUGGGCGCCAUUGACUAUCUGGCGGAUGUGUGCAAGAAGAAUCAGAUCAUCGAUCAGCUGGUGCAGAAAUGCGAACGCGAAUACAAUGUGGGAAAGCUGCAGUUGCGCGACAUUUUGUCGGUGCCCAUGCAGCGCAUUCUCAAGUACCAUCUGCUGCUGGACAAGCUCGUAAAGGAGACGGCACCGCAGCAUGAGGAUUACCGCUCGCUGGAGCGGGCCAAGGAGGCCAUGAUCGAUGUGUCGCAGUAUAUCAAUGAGGUGAAACGCGACUCGGACCAUCUGGUCAUCAUACAGAAGGUGAAGGACAGCAUAUUCGAUCUACAUCUGCUGCAGAAUGGCAAUGAUCUGCUGCAGUAUGGCCGCCUCCUACUCGACGGGGAGCUGCACAUCAAGGCGCACGAGGAUCAGAAGACCAAGCUGCGGUAUGCGUUUGUCUUUGACAAGAUACUCAUUAUGGUGAAGUCGCUGCACAUCAAGACGGGCGACAUGCAGUACACAUAUCGCGACUCGCAUAACCUGGCCGACUACCGUGUCGAGCAGAGCCACUCGCGACGCACUCUCGGCCGGGAUACGCGCUUCAAGUAUCAGCUACUGUUGGCCCGCAAAUCGGGCAAGACGGCCUUCACGCUGUAUCUCAAGUCGGAGCAUGAGCGGGACAAGUGGCGCAAGGCACUCACCGAGGCAAUGGAGAGCCUGGAUCCGCCUGGCUGCCGCAAUACGGAUCACAAAAUGGAAAUCUUUACAUUCGAUACACCAACAUCAUGUCGGCACUGCUCCAAGUUUCUAAAGGGACGCAUCCAUCAGGGCUAUCGCUGCAAGGUGUGCCUCAUAGCCGUGCACAAGGGCUGCAUCUCGUCGACGGGUCGCUGCAAGCAGAAUCCCAUUACCCAGCCGCCGCCCGUCUGCGAUCGUCAGCUAACGGAGUUCAAUUGGUUUGUGGGCAACAUGGAUCGCGAGACGGCGGCCAAUCGUUUGGAGAAUCGACGCAUUGGCACAUAUUUGCUGCGCGUACGCCCGCAGGGACCAUCGACGGCCCAUGAGACGAUGUAUGCCCUGAGCUUAAAAACCGAUGAUCAUGUGAUUAAGCAUAUGAAAAUCAAUCAGGAAAUUGGCACAGAGGGCAUGCUCUAUUGCCUGUCGGCACGCAGGCAUUUCAAGACGAUUGUCGAGCUGGUUUCCUACUACGAAAGGAACGAUCUAGGCGAGAAUUUUGCAGGCUUAAAUACAUUGCUGCAGUGGCCAUAUCGUGAGGUAAUAGCCACUGCCCUGUACGAUUACGAACCGAAGCCGGGUAGCAAUCAACUGCAGCUGCGCACCGAUUGCCAGAUAUUGGUUAUAGGCAAGGAUGGCGACAGCAAGGGCUGGUGGCGUGGCAAGAUUGGUGAUACAGUUGGCUACUUUCCCAAGGAGUACGUGCAGGAGCAUUCGCCCAAUGACGAGCUUUGAUAUUAUAAUUCGCUUAUCUAUUUUGGUACACCCA